AUGCAUCCCCUCUCGUUCCUCCUAAUCCUCUUCGCCUCAACAGCCUCCGCCCUCCCCGCGACACCAGCGGACCCAACUUCCCCCUGCACAAUGGCGACACAAACCUCCUCCCCCUCCCGCCCGCCAGCGCGCCCCUUCCUCCCGACCGGCGUCCCGAUAGCCGCGCCCGACAACGGAGAAGAAGAAGGAGGAGAAGGACCACGCCAAGGUCCAGAUCCGACCCCGUCCCCAAUCUACACCACGAUCCGCGCCCCCUCAAACUCCUCCUCCUCUUCCUCCUCAUCCAACGGCACAGUCCCCUGCGCCUCCAUGCGCAGACCGCUCCGUCUCGGCCCGGCCCGCCUGCACAAGAAACCCUCGCCCACAAGCAUCACACCACCCGAGGAACAAGACGCAGUCGCCCCGGCCGCCGUCGUAGCAGCAGCAGCAGCCGCCGCCGUAGAAACACUAACAGACGGUCCCCGCGACUACGCCUCCCUCAUCCCGCCCGCCCCCGGCGUCACCCCGCGCCCGGAGCCGAACCUGGCCGAGAUGGGAUACACCCAGACGACGUACUACUCGUGCGCGACGCGGGGCGUCUCGGUGCACUGCGGCUGGCACCGGCCGGUCAUGGUGGCGCCGGCGAACAACGCGGCGGCAGCGGCCGGUUCGCGUGCCGGGAUCGGGGCGGCGGCGGUGGUGGCCGGUGUCGUCGGGGUCAUCAUCGGCGGAUGA